GACAAGACAUUUGUCUGUGGUUUUACGUGAUGGGAGAAGCGCGUUGUUGAAUUUUCAGAUUUUCGAUCAACAAAUUGUUUUUGUAGACGAAAUUAAAGAAAAAAUCAAAGAUAAUAGUAGCACGUGGACUGAACGUCAUACUUAUUUUAUUCGCCACGAUGAUGCCAAUAAGUGGCAAUGCUCCCCAAGUCCAUUCUGGAGGGAUUCAACAACAGCCAGCGAAUACUAACUCAAGUACAGUGAAUCCUACCAGUGGUACAAAUAAGACAAGCAGUAACAUGAAACCUUCCUAUACUUUGAAAUUCACAUUGGCUGGUCAUACCAAAGCUGUUUCUUCAGUGAAAUUCAGUCCAAAUGGCGAGUGGUUAGCUAGCUCAUCUGCUGACAAACUGAUUAAAAUUUGGGGAGCCUAUGAUGGAAAAUUUGAGAAAACUAUCUCCGGACACAAAUUGGGAAUCAGUGAUGUUGCAUGGUCGAGUGACAGCCGGCUUUUAGUAUCCGCCAGUGAUGAUAAAACGCUAAAAAUAUGGGAACUAUCUUCAGGAAAAUGUCUGAAGACUCUUAAAGGACAUAGCAACUAUGUAUUCUGCUGCAACUUCAACCCUCAAUCUAACCUAAUUGUCUCUGGUUCUUUUGAUGAAUCUGUGAGAAUUUGGGAUGUAAGGACGGGAAAAUGUUUAAAGACGCUGCCAGCUCAUUCUGAUCCUGUAAGCGCAGUACAUUUCAAUAGGGAUGGAUCUCUGAUUGUCAGUAGUAGCUAUGAUGGCUUAUGCCGCAUUUGGGAUACAGCAUCUGGCCAAUGUUUGAAAACUUUGAUAGAUGACGAUAAUCCACCGGCCUCUUUUGUCAAGUUUUCUCCCAAUGGUAAGUACAUUCUGGCAGCGACCUUAGACAACACCUUGAAGCUGUGGGAUUAUGCCAAAGGAAAAUGCCUGAAAACCUAUUCUGGUCACAAAAAUGAGAAAUAUUGCAUUUUUGCCAAUUUCUCUGUAACGGGAGGUAAAUGGAUUGUGAGUGGUUCUGAAGAUAAUAUGGUGUAUAUCUGGAAUCUCCAAACUAAGGAAAUUGUUCAAAAAUUACAAGGCCAUACAGAUGUUGUGCUAUCAACCACUUGUCAUCCAACCGAGAACAUAAUUGCAUCUGCCGCUUUAGAAAAUGACAAAACAAUUAAACUAUGGAAGAGCGAUACUUAGACAGUGUGAAUCUGAUCUGUAAUUUUAAAUUUUUGUUUGUAAUAAACGCCUUGAUUCAGAUCAAUUGUACAAAGUGGUAAUUAUUACUCUUUCAUUUGAGUCAUUUUUGUGUAAUCAGUAAUUGAUAAGGAUUUCGAAUUUCCGCACUUACUGCAUGACUAAAAUAGAAUUUUAUGCUUGAUAAAUACUUAGUGAUUUCUUCCAUUGUAAAAAUGUUCAAUUCUUAAUAAUAAAAUUUAUAUUCUCUAAAAUAGAUUCAGAAAAAACCUAUAUAAUGUAAUUGAAACAUUAUAUCAAAAAAACUUUUGAAGGUAAUAUUUUGGAUAGUCAUUGUUUGCUUUCUUCUUCUUGUACAUAGUUCUUUCCAAAUUUUGGGUUGUUGGUGGUCAAUUUUGAAGGUUUUUCUGUUUUGUAAGAUUGACGCUUGUACAUUAAUCAUAUAUUUUUAUAUGCCCCAUGUCACAAGAAUCGUUUUCAUUUUAUUCUAGAAUUUUGUAAUUUCUCUGUUAAAUAAUAAACUGAAUUUAUAUUUUA